AUGGCCUUCACGGAAACUACGGCAUUUCACUCACCGACGUUGGACGAGGGGGAGACUCCGCGAGAAGAGGACUCAACUGACUCUAGACUCAGCAGCCGCUGUCGCGGCAACAAACAUCGGCAGAUGGGAAAACACUGCGGAAAUGACGGGAUCAGCGUGUUUCUUCUCUCCACACAUCACAUUCCACACGCUUUGCAGCCGUAUGCGCCCACCGCGUCGGUGUCAGCAAGGCUGGUUGAGCAGUGCCUCUGGAAUUAUCGAGACACCCUCUUUUUGGCGCGUGAAUAUGUCCACACGACAGAGGCAGAGAACACACAGCUCCGUAUGCAUCUGCUGCAGUUACAACAAGAGGCUGCAGAUGGGAAGAGAGGUACCACAGACACGCCGGGUUCGGCGGCUUCAUUUCCCGUGGAGAAACAACUGUGGGAGAUCAUGUUGCGUGACCACGGCAAACAUCCGCUUCUUCCUUCGGAGUCGCUACGCUAUCAACAGAUUCUGCAGGAUAUGAAGCACCUGGCUCGAGGGGUACUGGUCCCCAUUGAAAUCCUGCGGCAUCGCAAUCAUUGGCUGCUGUUACAGGAGGAUGUGCAACUGAAUUUAGCGGGCCGUCUCUUUCACUAUCGUGUGGUGCUGCGACAGUCCCCGCCACCGAUGAUGGUAAGACGCCUUUGGUGCGAUUUGUGGUCACUGCUCGGCGCGGCGUGGCGGCAGCGGCAGCGGCUUAUGGGGGCAUACGCAGAGGGCAUUCCACCCGUUGACCUUAACGGUGAUGUGUCGCAGCUCCCGCCCGCCUCUUCCACGCCACUCUUGUUGCGUGAUGCCCAUCGUGCAAAGCAGCAAGUGGACGCCAAAAGUAGCUUCCACCGUGAGGGCGGUUUGGCACGUGACGCACGAAGGGCUUUUGGGGCAGAGCGGGGUGGGGAGGGUGACGACCUCGCCUUUGGGCCGUUGCUUCCGCAUCGGGUGGGUGUCACGACGUCGCGCCACUACGCCAUCCGCGUUCCAUUGUUUUCUUUCCUCAGCUCUCUGCGUGUGCGGGUGGGAGAGGCCGCUGCCACGACCUCGACAGUCAGGUUAAACAGCAGUGGGAGAGGCAAAAACGCCGUUCCUCGCAGUGACUCCCCGACGUCGCAGAGCAGCAGUCCCACCCAUUGCGCUGCGUUUGCGUCUGCGUCUUGCGCCGAGGAUGCGGCUCUGCCCAACGUGCCGUUUUUUGACACUACGGUAGAAGAGGUGGAGGCGUGUCGGGUGCCAUACCUCUCACCAGAGUGGUUUGUGCGUUUGCGUUCGCGGGCCAAAGGCGACUUACACGGGUGGGACGGGACUGCUGUGCUACACUCCUACUCAGAUGAUGCAUGGAACAUCGCCGUGUUGGCGCUGGAGUUCAUGCUGACCGGAUUUCCACUUGCCAAGAGUUGCUGCGGCCACCCUGACUCCUCCGAUCCGCCAACCUCGUCUCUGUUUGACGAUGUUGUAAAGCUCCUGGUAACGUCUCACAGUGUGCCGCUCGAGGCGGCGCAGAACUUUCUUUACGCGGCACUUCAUGAGUUAUCGCUGCUGCUUCGUCAAAAUACUCCUGACGUUUUAACGAUGACGUCGGAUGACGACGGUCACGCGGAGUCCGCACCUUUGCCGCGACGUCUGGCACAAGAGUGGCACAGCUAUCUGACGAGGACGUAUGGUGGGGUUGACGGUGACAGCACUACUAUGGUUCAUGGUGGUAAUGGUGAGGGUAGUAUUUUCCGCGACAUUGCGGAGAGUGGACUUCGAUGGUCCCGCCGUGAUCGAUGGAAGGCAUUCCAGGAAGCACAUGCUCUUUUUCUUUCUGACGCCGUCGAAGGCGGUUCUGCAGCAGGCGAGCGUGGCGGUGGUGGUGAUGACGCUGGUAUCACGGUGGAUGCCGCCCAGCGUGUUCUAGGCGGUUUGGUAAGCCCUCUGAUGCCACUUCAUCCGACUCUGUGCGCUGCGGCAGCGAGGAGUGGCGUUGGGGCAGAGACUUUUAUGAAGAACCAGCCGGCGAUGGCACCCCCACCGAAACUCUCCUCCCCAUCUCUGUGGGAUGUGCAGACCCGCCUGCAGGUUUGGCGGCAUAACGUUGAGCAGCACGCCAUGGUAGAAGGAGGCUGUCGGAGGGAUAUUGAGGCGAGGCGGAACGUUGUGUUCAGAGAGUUUGUUUACGUCGUGCGACGGAUCCUCCAGCAACGUCUCCGUGAACUGCGGCCCGAUGUGGAGAAAAAGGAAGAGGCUGCGCCGAUUGGUCCCCCACGUCGAAGCCUUUUUACCAAGGCGUCCUUCACUAAUGGGGGUAACUUGUCGCAGUCGGCUGUGCAGCACGGACUGCUGCGAGGGUUGAUAGAGCGAGGUGCACUCUUUGCAUACUGCACCAACGAAUGCUGUGCCGGUGACGGCACUCCUCCAAUUCCGCAUGGCGGGGGUGAAGGUUCACAGGAUGAAGGCGAGGCUGAGGAUGACGGUUCCCCCCCGGUGUUUCCCUUUUCGCAGGUGUUUCUCCCCACAGAGGAGCUUUUGGGAUUACUGCACAGCGAUGUGGUGUUACUGAACUCCGCCUUUCCCGCAGUUGGUGCGGUGAGGAGUGCCCUUGACACUAUUGUCGGACCACAAUGUGCGGCCAAGUCGCGGGUGUCGCAGCCUCUCUCACCUGCUGCGUCAAAGGCGGGGUGGCUGAAGAGUGCCAAGCGGGUCAUCCGCGAAGUUGAUUUGAGCGUCGCACAACAACUCGCAAUAAUCGCGGAGCUGCGGUGCCUUCUGUACAGUGCCCCACUUGAGAGACGCGCGUUGCGGAUGCGACGUUACCUCGCGGAGAUGCGGGCGGCCGGAGCAAGCCCGUACGUGCCUGUGCCACCCACACUUCGUGGGGAGGUCUGGGGCGUGCUCCUUCAGGUGCCGCCGGAAACCGCACGUGGCGCCACAUACUGCGCGCUUAACACCUCGUGCAUCUCCGCCUUUGAUCGACAGCUGGCCGUUGACAUUCCUCGAUGUCAUCAGUAUCAUCCUUUGCUAGCAACGACGGAGGGGCAUGAGCGAAUGCGACGUGUCAUUAAGGCCUGGUUACUGAUGAACCCCGGGAUGGCGUAUUGGCAGGGGAUGGACAGCGUCUGCGCGGUUCUCCUUGCUGUCAGCUUCACAAAUGAGGCGCUUGUGGCAGCGCAACUGCAGCAGUUGACACUGCAUUACAUCCCACACGAUGCCGUUGCAUCCUCGCCGUCAGGUGUACAGAGCAUGGAGGAGCGUCUGCAUCAGUUUGCAGUGAUGCUGCGGUACUGUGACCCGCGUUUAGCGUUUCACCUUCUUGAUGAAGUGGAAUGCCGCCCGGAGUUGUUUGCAAUUAGCUGGUUCCUCGCUCUCCUAGCACACGGGUUACCAGUGGGGAAGGUGUGUCUGUUGUGGGAUUUUCUUUUUGUCUACAGCGAGGCGUCCCCGCACUGCCUCACGGCCUUGUGCCUUGCGGUGCUGCUGCAGCAGCGGGAACGGCUACUGGGAAAUGACUUCUCCGUCUGCCUCUCCACACUGAGCCGUUUACGGGACAUCGACGUUCAUCUACUGCUGCAUGACGCGGCACUACUGUUACGUUCUGUGCCGCCCGCCUUGGCGUUGCUGUCACUCCGCGCCGGCGAAGUGCGGCGCUGCGGAAUUUUGCUUGUGGAUGUCCAGACAAUCCUUCGGGUGUUUAACAGCCGAUUGUUGCGGGGUGCAGAGGACUCGGCGGAGACGGCGUGGGCGCCGUCAGGGCUGUUUCUUGUGGACCUGCGCACACACCGUGAGACGACGACAGGGCUGCCGCAACGAGGCACACGCGUGGAGGAGCGUGUCGUAGGGGCGCUGCUUUUUCCCCUCGUGGCGCCACCCGCGCAUAACGACGACACAAGCGCCACGCAACCGUCGCAGCGACUCGUCGCCCAACAGGCUACCGAGCUUCUGCUGCAGCUCGACAACAUGGCAAUGGCGGCGCUUCCACCGUCCUCGGCAACAGCGCCAGAAGCAAGGCCAUCGACAUCAGCAGAAGAGUUGGAAACCGAAACACUGGCUCCGCCACUGCCGGCGGUAGCGACAGGAGCAGAAGAGCCGGUGGAUGGUCCGUCCACCGCGCUGCGGGAGUGUGCGGCGAGUCCCCACGUUGUUUUGUUUACUCGGUCGAUGACACCCUGCGAGACGACGGCGGCUGAGUCACUUGCACUUGAGCUAGUGCGAUGCGGCACACCGCAUGUGUCUAUUUUGCUGGGUGGGUUUCUGGAGCUUCGGCAGGAAGCCCCACACCUCGUCGUUGAGGUGGAGGAGGAUUGA